UUUCUCACACUACAGCCACUUCUAUAGCUUCAUUUAAGAAUGGCACUUUCUCCUAUUCGUUCUUCUACUUUCUCUUCAUCAUCAGCUAAUAUUGUUACAUUAGCUGUGUUACUUCUUCUUACAAGGACCUCUUCAGCUACCCUCUCAAAGAACUUCUAUUCUAAGACAUGUCCAAACGUUUUCAACACGGUAAAAUCUGUAGUAAAAUCUGCUGUGGCCAAAGAACCUCGCAUUGGAGCUUCUAUUGUUCGCCUCUUCUUCCAUGACUGCUUUGUUCAAGGUUGUGAUGGAUCAAUACUACUUGAUGACACUCCAACCUUCCAGGGGGAGAAGACUGCAGCUGCUAACAACAAUUCAGUGAGAGGUUAUGAAUUAAUCGAUGAUAUCAAGUCUAAGGUCGAGAAAAUAUGCCCCGGUGUGGUCUCAUGUGCUGAUAUCUUGGACAUUGCUUCUCGUGACUCUGUUGUUCUUCUUGGAGGACCAUUUUGGAAUGUUAGACUUGGAAGAAGGGAUUCUAGAAGUGCCAAUUUCACUGCUGCAAACACUGGUGUUAUUCCACCUCCCACAUCUAACCUCACCAACCUUAUCACAAGGUUUCAAGAUCAAGGACUCUCUGCUAGGGACAUGGUUGCCUUAUCUGGAGCUCACACAUUUGGCAAAGCAAGGUGUACUAGUUUCAGAGAUCGCAUAUACAAUCAAACCAACAUUGACAGAACAUUUGCAUUGGCCAGGCAGAGGAGGUGCCCUAGGACCAAUGGCACAGGUGACAACAAUCUAGCAAAUCUAGACUUCAGAACUCCAAAUCAUUUUGACAACAACUACUUCAAAAACCUUCUCAUUAAAAGGGGACUCCUCAAUUCUGAUCAAGUGCUUUUCAAUGGUGGAUCCACUGAUUCACUGGUCAGAACAUACAGCCAGAAUAACAAGGCCUUUGAUUCUGACUUUGUUAAAGCAAUGAUUAGGAUGGGAGAUAUCAAACCCUUAACUGGGUCACAAGGGGAGAUUAGGAAGAACUGCAGGAGAGUGAAUUAAUUAGAAGUGACACAUAAAUUUGUUUGGUGUACACUUUGUACCCUUCAAAAGGGGGAAGUUGUUUGGUGUGUUGGGUUGUUUAAGUGAUUUCUCAUGACUUGGAAAUUGUGAAUUGUUUGUUUAGUUCAGUUUAAAUUGUACUUGUGUAACCUUAUAAUUGUAUUAUGGAAUAAAUUAUAAGGCAUUUUGCCUUUUGUACCAGGUGGAAUAAUGCACCUUGUUUUA